AUGAACUAAUUGCUAGGAAUAAAGAAUAAUACUAAAAUAGAACAUGGGUUUACCGUAGAGGAAACUCAAAAUGGAGUAGCAUAAGGAAAUUAUGAGUACGGAAAGAAAGUUGGUAAAUGGACUUUUAAAUAUCAUGAUAGAAUGUAAAAUAUUUUAAAAAUAACAUUAAGAGAAGAAGGGGAAUUUAAUGGAAAAUAUAAAGUUGGAGAAUGGAUUAUCUAAAAUCACGUUGAGGAUCUCUAAUAUAUGUAUUUAAAUCUAAGUGAAAUUUAGAGGAUUAUAUGAUGAUAAAAAUUUUAAAACAGGAGAUUGGAUGGUUUGCAAUAAUUAGCAAUCAGAAACCUACAUAAGAAGGACUUAUAAAAGAGGGAUAGUGGUAAGUGAAAAAAAAAUAGAGAGAUUAUAACUUUCCACAAUCUAAAUAAAGAAUGGAUGAUAG